CACAGCGAAGGCCAAGAAGAAAUACUACAACUGUAUCCCAUAUAUCUUCUAAAAUUCACGUGGAUGAAAUUUACAGGUGAGGCCAAAAAUCAAUCCAUGUGUUUAACAUCCAUCAAUGGAUGAUCAAUGGUAAUCAAUGGUCAAUAUGAUUUGCCUUUUCCAUUAAUAUAAUGGUUCAUUCCGUAUGCAAUACUAGCCCAAACCAGGACUGAAGUAUUCAAAAGUGGAAUUCCUAAAUGCAAGAAUCUCACCCCACGUUACAUUACAUGCAAAUAGAACGUGUCAGUUUCAAAACAAACUGAACUACAAAACCAAAGGUAAAUGGCAAGGGUGAUUUUUGAACCCCGUAUUUUUAGUCCUCUUCAAAUUUCAAAAUUUCAAAGUUGCCAUGGAUAAAAUCAGCAGAGCAACUGCGAUACUUCUUUUCUGGUUCAUGGUAGUCUCUAUUCAAUUCCCCUCCACCAUUGGAGAGUCUCAACAUGUUGAUCACAUACAGGAUCAGAAACCAUCUUUGGUUAAAACAGUAUUAGAUACAAUAACUUCUUUGAAAGAGUCCCAUCAAGAUUCCUGGGGCAAACUUAAGACCAUCAUUCAUGGGAUUCAAUUGAAAUUCUUUCCUCCUAACCUUGAUUUUAGGGGUGCAGAUGAAAGGAAACGAGAGAGCGGAACUGCAGUUGGUGGAGCUGGAGAUAAAGUGAAAGAGGCAGUGGAGAAGAGCUUCCAUACAAGCAAAGAGACGGUGGAGGAAACUGCCAAAACGGCUGCUGAAGUAGUGGGAGAAACUGUGCAUAAAGGUGCUAAGAAGGUAAAGGAAACCGUUUCUGACAAAGAAUCUGAGGCAGAGCUUUAAUCACUUUCCAUCAUUAAAUAGUGAAGGUACUGAGAUCCAGUACCCUUUUUUUUCCCUUUUUUUUCCCUUUUUUUUUCCUUUUUUUCUUUUUUUUUUUUUUUUAAUUAAUGUAGAAUCUGUAUUAAUCUGUGUUAAAUUUAUAUUUACAAUGAAAUUGUCACAGAAAUGAACGGUUUUGAUCCUCUAAUGACCCAUGAUCAGUCUCUAAGAGCUUAAAAAAUUGGAUAUUCCUGAUUUAUACAAAAAGGAUCGGGCUUCAUGCAAUAUAAACAAUUCACAUGCUGAAAGAAACUACCCUCUCACUUACACCUACAAUGGGCAUAAAUAUCUGGCUAAUUGUCAAAACCUAAUGGAAAAUAUCAAGAUCACCAACCACUUGUUACAAUAAUCUGAAUAACAAGGAUGAAACAGCACAACAAGAACGCCAAGUUAAAUUAGGCAGGGCAACUGGAUUAUAAUCCAAUCAAAGAAACUUCAUAAUACCAGGCUUUUUAGGAGUCAGGCUACUAUAAUUUCAACGUACCAAUUGCCAAUGUUACGGAGGAAUGAUUUUAAGGUCACAAGUUUAUUCACUUCUUGGGAGUGAACCAUUAAGUGCGUGCAAUAGAGCACACAGACGAAAGACAGCAAUGCUAUUCAACAAAUACAGGAAAUU